AUCCGAAACGUCAUCCUCUGACGUGUCAGCACUAGAUUCCGUAGUAAACAGUUUACAAUUGAAAUAUGUUGUUUAGUCAUUUACAAUGUACAGUUUCCUCAUCAACAUGAACACUAAAGCUCUAUAAAAAUCAUUGGUGCUUUAAAACUAGAGCUGGUGUGUUUCCAAUCAGGAUGAAUUUUGGUUCCAAAGGCAAGAAGCGGAUGGUUCUGCCGAGCCGACCCGAUCCGCCGACAGUGGAGCAAAUCAUGGAGGAUGUAAACCGAGCCUAUCUCAAUGAUCCAGUGUUCACUGUUUUACACGAAUCUGCUGAAGGGUGUCAUCUUUCAGAUUUGAAGUCCAGUUCAAGCAACAGUGAGGUGGAGGUGAGAUACCUGCAGAGCAGACGCUACAUAGAACUGCAUGAGCGAUUGCAAGAGGAACGUGGCCAUCUUGCUCGGCGGAGAGACGAGCUGCGUGCGGCUGGAGAGUCUUUGGAGCACAGUGUGAUGGAGGUGAAGAAGAGUGCACAGUGACAACUGACCCCUGCAGAACAUGAACUUGAGAUUUGCUUAUUCAUUAGCUGAUCGCUGGACAUCGCAAUACAACAAAUUAAGAUUAAAAUGCAGUAGGAGAAUACAAAGUGUUCUUCCUAUUGGAAAUUAUGUGUUUAUUUAAUGAUUUUUUUGUGAUAUUUUUGGCUGAUUUGUUUGUUAUAAAUCUACUUGGUCAAUGUUAAUAUGUGCUAUGUGUGUUUAAUAUAAUUAUUCAGGCAAUCUAAUAAGGUGUACAGUCUUAUUUUACAUUAUUUAAUGGAAUUUGUAUCUAAAUUUUCACAAUACAAGAUUUCUUGUUUUUUUUGAUGAAUGGAAUAUUUCAUUAUUUACAGAUUACACUACAGACAGUACAACCUGGUGAGCAUAUUGGUAACUGUACAUCUACUUCUUCACAGCUUAUUUGCAUUUGAAUUAAAUUAGCUGUCUUAAAUAGCCUAAGGUUCUUUGUACAUGUACAAUCAUUCAGUUUAAAAUGUUUAUGAGGUUAAGAUCUCACCACCCUUAAAGCUUUGGUGUGUAAUUUAAGCUGAGAUGAAUGGUUUCAGAUGGCGAAUUAGCAUCACAUCUGCAUAAAUUAACUGAUAAAUAAAUUCAUAUCCAUCAAUCAAUGAACUGAUUGUGUUUUAACACAUUUGUGAUAAGGGUGUUCUGUUGUAACAUUAAUUUGGUCCACUUUUGUUAUUGAACUGAAAUUUAAUUAGGUCUAUUAGCAAGCUUUGAUAAUGAAAGAUAUAAGAAAAAAACAGCACAUACAAAAGUAUGGCUUGGAUUGGACUAAGGAUAAGUUAAGCAGUAGGCAGUUAGUUGAGGUAUAUCGUACGCAAUAGUCAGAAAUAAGGUAGUCCUGACCCAAACUAUGUGUUGUGUGAAUGUUCAAACACAGCAAUGUUUGGAAGUCAUUGUAGUUAAAGGUAAGGUGAAAUGACUUUGAUGUCUGUGCAUAUUUAGUUGGAUGUAAGUAUUUACCAUUGAAUAAAUCACAGUUCGACUCGGAAAAAUAAAGUACAUACACAUUUU